GGAAGCAAAAAUAUCUAAAUCCCAAAUAUCCAAAAACUCCAGACUUUUAUAACUCCUUUUUCCCAUUUUUUCUUGUUGAUCCCUCUCCCCACUCAUGGCCACUGCCAGCAGCUUAUGUUCAUUGCCCACUCAAUCCCCAACGCUCCCAUCCAUCUCUCUCUCCUCACUUCCAUCGCUCAAAACCCAUCUUCCCCCACAAUCCCAUUUCCUCUUUCCCCCUUUCUCCACCAAGUUAGGGUCAAAUUUCGACUGGAAUGAGACAAUAGCCGUCCUGCCGCCGCAGGAGACGGCGGUUCUGGCGGUGGAGGCCGCGAGAGAGCAUGUGCUGCCGGAACCCACUUGGGUCUCUGAAACUUGGAGCUGUGGAAAGCUUGAGAGAGUGGAGGAGAGCUGUGGGGAUGAUGGGUUUGUGGGUUGGAAGAAGAAGAGAAGGAAAAGGAGGAAAGAGGUGGGGGAGAAAGCUGAGGAAGGUGGGGUUGCCUUGUCUAGUGGCCCCUUGAGGCCUGGAUAUUUGACCCCAAAAGAAGAAGCAGAGCUUUGUCUGUGUCUCAAGGAGGCAGCACAGCUUGAAAAGGCAAAAACUAGAAUCAUGGAAACUCAAGAGCAUGAACCUACAAAUAAGCAAUUGGCCAUUGCCACGGGCACCAAUUUAAGGUGUAUAGAUAGGAUUCUUUGUAGAGCAAAAGAAUCAAGGGAUCGGCUCAUUCAAUGCUAUAGCAAACUAGUCGUCUCGAUUGCUGCUCCAUAUCAAGGCAAAGGAUUAAGCCUUCAAGAUCUCACUCAGGAAGGAAACAUUGGUCUUCUUAUAGGGGCGGAAAGGUUUGAACCAAAUAGAGGACAUAAGUUAUCGACUUAUGCUUAUUGGUGGAUAAGACAAGCUAUAAUUCGAGCCUUAGAUAACAAGUCGAGACUUGUUAGAUUGCCGGGUCACAUGGGCCAGAUGGUAGCAAGAAUAGCAGAAGCAAAUAAUCAUCUUGGCAUUAAGUUAUCACGACUGCCCACCCACAAGGAAAUUGCCGAGUCGCUCAACGUUCGUGUUUCAACGGUAAAAUUGGUGACAGAAAGGAGUAAGCGCCCGAUUUCGCUCAAUCAACCAGUAACUGAUCGAGGUUGCUUAACCCUGCAGGAGAUCAUGCCAGGGCCAGACAAUUUGACACCAGAGAAUAUGGUAAUGAGAAAACUGAUGAAGCAAGAACUGAGGAGGCUUCUUAAUACUCUUAGCAAAAGAGAAGCUCACAUAAUGAGAUUGUACUUUGGCCUUAAUGGAGAGAUUCCACAGUCUUUUGAGGAGAUUGGAAAGUCAAUGAACCUCUCGAGGGAGACGGUUCGGCGAGUCAAUAUCGCUGCAUUGUCAAAACUAAAGAAAACUGACAUUCUAGACUAUCUUAAAGAUUAUGUAGUGUAGAUAUUUGAAACUAUCAUGAAAAGUUACAAGAAAAGCUAAAGAUAGACUGGAUGAACUAUUGGAAGGAUUUGUACAGUGUUGUCAAAUUCAAUUGUAUGCUAUCUUUGAAUCCCUCUUUGGUGCAGCAAAAGGAGUUAUAUAAAUGGUUGCAACCAAAUUGGAAUUGGUUUGGUCGAUGUAUAUAGAAGUUCAAUUGAUCGAUCAAAGA